AAGGUUCUUUGUCCACGGACUAGGUGGUAAAAUCUUCCUCCAGCAAAGACCUGCAAAGUGUAUGUCAUGUGCCUUAGAGAAGGAGGAGGUGGGUGAAUGCCAGCUGCCUCUUGGCUGGAGAAUAGCAGCUGCUCUUAGAUUAGCUCCAGCCUGGCAGCUGAGGCAGGCAGGGGCUGUUUACUGAGAUUUUUUUUGUGACCUAAUGGUUUUAGUCUUUGUGCUUUUAUGUUAGUUUGCCACCUCUUCUGGCAUGAAUUUGGAUCUCUUUGCCUACUGUACUACCAAUUCCUUUUCUUUUAUGUCGCCCGAUGUUAGUCCAAGUGCAGCAAAAGCCGCAGAUUUGAGCAGGUCCAUUUGUUUGUCCAGGUUGCCCCUAAGGGAUUUCAUAAGCCUGGGAAUCAGAAAACGGUAGCUGUUCAUCACACAGUAGUGUCCAUAGUAGCCUCAAAACAGGCUAAAAACUGAGAGCAUCUGCAUCUAGGGCCUCCCUACCCUGUAGCUGUCUGUAGUCUCCCUGACAAUGCAGAACUUUGUUAUUUAAUGACAAGAAUAAUUGUGUUAUAGAACACAAUUACUCUGCCCAUCCCUUCUGUAACUAUUGGAGACACUGGCAAGUUUGACUGAUGAGACUACUAUUUUAAGUCCAACGUGGUUUAUAGCUGUGGGCCUCAUAGAAAAGGCAGGCGUAGGUUUGUGCCCUCGCUGGAUGGAGAACCCACCAUGUGUUCAGCUCGUGCUUGUUCUGCUCUGCCAGUGGAUGCUACGACUGGGAAACCUCGCUCAGCCCCAGGCCCAGCCUGAGCUUCCUCUGGGAUCUGGGGGGAUUUGGUCUGAUGGGGUGCGGAGUGGGAGCAAGCAGGGUUAUUGCGCAGGGAGCGAGGGCACACAGAGCAUGUGUUAACUUCAUUUCCUAAUGAGAAACCUAAUCUUAUGCUGCUUGCCGAAUGGCUCCUGAACUAAUUCAAAAGAAGUGUAUUCUUUAUAAAAGAGAAUCGAGAACCCUUCCACUUUCCCUUGACAUGUUAAUGGUGAUAAUCCAAGACUGGGGAACAUUGCAGAUGUACUUUCCUAGUUUAAGCUGAGCCGCUGCCGGAAGCCCACAGAUCUUUAUAAUUCUACAGCUGCCUGCUUACUACGUAUGUGUAAGUGUGUAAAUCCAUCAGUGAUCUUCUGUGUAUUGUUUGGCUUUUUGACCUUUACCAGCAUGGUUUUACAGCAGUGUGUGUCUUGAAGAUGGUAGUCCCCAGUCUGCCCUGCCUCCCUUACUGCCUCCUGCCUUGCAGCAAAGGAGAGCACAGAGCUCUGAGCUGCUGCAGGCUGAGGGAGCUUUUGUGGCCACGUGCCACUGUUCCUCCAUGCCUGCGAUCUCAGGAGUUGCUCUUUGCAUAUGUGAGGUUUUGCUUUUUCUGCCGAUCCUUCCAAGUAAAUAGUUAAUCUCUGUCCAUCCAGGUGAACAACAUUCCAAAGCAAUUAACAAUCUACAUCAACAGCUGUACCCAUUUUCCUCUGAAUGAAUGGGUAUUCUUGGCAGCUGCUGUGUCUGGCCUGAGCAUACCUUCUGAGCAAAGUCAUUGCAUAAAGUGAGACACCUGCGAAGAGUUUGAAAUACAAACGUUAUUUCUGAGCAAACUUUACUGGUCAAACGUGACUAUGGGAAGCUUUGUAUGCAACUUACUCAUAUAGCUUGUGACUGUGCACAUAUGCAAAAUGCAGCAUAUGGUUUGCUCACAAUGUUUGUGCAUUUGAGGACAGAAUUUCUAAAUCGGCAGACUCAUAUUUGAUCCCUCUUCAAAAGUAUAAUUCUUUCUGUGUGACCUUUUAUUUUAGCUGCUUUACAGUCUUCAUGCGUCACAUGAUACUGUGGUACUGCUAUUGAAAAAUAAACGUGAACACAAAAAUGUGUGUGUAUGUCCUAUACAUGCAAUCUUUCUGUUCCCCAAAUCUUAUACUUUUUGAUUUGUCAUGAGAAAAAAUAGAUAUAUCACCAAAAGUCACCUAUUUAGUCUUUAGGUGAGUCUACUAAGAUUUUACUUAGAUUAUGUUAAUGAAAAUUUAAGAAGAAAACACCCCUGAGUUUGUCUAGUUGUCUUGUUGAGUAGUGCACCAUUUUGUCAAAAGCUUCCUAUAACUUCCUUAUGGACCAAGAAGGUUUAUAAGGAAUAGCAAGCAGAGAGAUGGCUCUUAUAGUUGGCAAACUUUUCUAUCUUACUACCAUUUUAUUUAUUUUGUGCAAAAAACAGAAGACUUUCAGUACAUCCCAGCUGAUAAACUAUAGUGAAUAAGAAAACUGUAUUGCAAUUCUGAUAGCUAAAGGUGGCAGCUUGAGACAAGAGCUGACCACUUGUUCCAGUGCAGAAGCGUCUCCCUUCUUUUCCAUUAACUCUUUUCUGUGUUUCUAUGUUGAAAGCAGAUACUCGAAUGACAGUUCUGCACAGUAGCUCAGAAACUGUGCAGAAAGUCAUUUGCAGAAGGUGAAGCUGGAUUAAAUGAGAUGAGAAUUAAAGUUCAGACUUUUCAGUGGGAGGUUAUCUAGUAACGUGAGCAAUUUAUCAAAGGUUGCAGUAGAUUAUUCACAGUUAGAUUUUUUUAAAAACCAGGAUUAAAUGUUCUACUAAAGAGUGUGUUUGAGUUUGGACAGGAGCUAACAGAGGUGAAAUGACCUGCGUUAUUCAGUUUGCAGCAGAGCUGCCUGUGACACAUCUGAUGCUGAGGUGGCUGUUACACUAGGUCAGCUCCAUGGCAGAACCUGUAUUUUCUUCCACAUCCUGCUCUGCAAGAUUGCCAGCUUUGAUACAGUACCAAUGUGGCAGUGGAUCAUGGAUUUUCCAGGACACUUUGAGCAAAUCUUUCAGCAGCUCAACUACCAGAGGCUUCAUGGCCAGCUUUGUGACUGUGUCAUUGUGGUGGGAAACAGGCAUUUCAAAGCCCAUCGCUCUGUUUUGGCAGCAUGUAGCACACAUUUCCGAGCUCUAUUUACUGUAGCGGAAGGAGAUCAGACUAUGAAUAUGAUUCAGCUGGACAGUGAAGUGGUGACAGCAGAAGCUUUUGCUGCUCUGAUAGACAUGAUGUAUACUUCCACACUAAUGCUUGGGGAGAGCAAUGUUAUGGAUGUCUUGCUGGCUGCUUCUCACUUGCAUUUGAACUCUGUUGUUAAAGCCUGCAAACACUACCUUACUACCAGGACGCUGCCGAUGUCUCCACCGAGUGAUAGAGUUCAAGAGCAAAAUGCACGCAUGCAGAGGUCUUUCAUGCUCCAGCAGCUUGGACUGAGCAUCGUGAGCUCUGCCUUAAAUUCCACUCAGAACACAGAGGAACAACCAAAUACUAUGAGCUCCUCGAUGAGAAGUAACAUUGAGCAGCGCACUACUUUUCCUAUCCGUCGUCUCCACAAACGUAAACAGUCUUCUGAAGAUCGGGCCAGACAGCGCAUCAGGCCUACCAUGGAUGAGUCUGUUUCUGAUGUGGCUGCAGAGAGCGGGCAGUCAGUAGUUCAUUCACGGGAAGAUUUCUUCUCGCCAGAUUCACUGAAGAUUGUGGACAACUCUAAGGCCGAUGCUGUUGCUGAUAACCAGGAGGAUAAUACUAUUAUGUUUGAUCAGUCUUUCAGUGCUCAGGAAGAUGCUCAAGUGCCCAGCCAGUCUGACAACAGCGGAGGAAACAUUUCACAAAUGUCCAUGGCAUCACAGGCAACGCAGGUGGAAACCAGCUUUGACCAGGAUGCUGCUUCUGAGAAGAACAACUUCCCAUGUGAGAAUCCAGAGGUCAGUCUGAAUGAAAAAGAGCACAUGAGGGUGGUGGUGAAGUCUGAACCCUUGAGUUCUCCAGAGCCUCAAGACGAGGUGAGCGAUGUCACUUCCCAAGCGGAGGGCAGCGAGUCUGUUGAAGUGGAAGGAGGAGUAGUGAGUGCAGAGAAGAUAGAACUGAGUCCCGAGAGCAGUGAUCGUAGCUUUUCUGACCCACAGUCCAGCACUGAUAGGGUGGGAGACAUCCAUAUUAUGGAGGUGUCAAAUAACCUGGAACACAAAUCUACUUUCAGUAUCUCAAAUUUUCUAAAUAAAAGCAGAGGUGGUGGUUUCGGUGCUAGUCAAAACAGUGAUGACAACAUUCCAAAUACCACCAGUGACUGCAGGAUGGACAGUGAUGCUUCUUAUCUCAUGAGUCCAGAGUCGGGGCCUGCUGGUGGCCAUUCAUCUGCCACCGUCUCUCAUGUUGAGAAUCCAUUUAGUGAGCCUGCAGAUUCUCAUUUUGUUAGACCAAUGCAGGACGUGAUGGGUCUCCCCUGCGUACAGACUUCUGGGUAUCGGGCAGCAGAACAGUUUGGCAUGGAUUUUCCACGGUCGGGCUUGGGCUUGCACUCCCUGUCAAGGGCAAUGAUGAGCUCAGUAAGAGGUGGAGCUAGCAGCUUUCCUGGCUACCGCCGCAUAGCCCCCAAAAUGCCUGUGGUGACCUCUGUCAGGAGCUCCCAGCUGCAAGAUAACUCAUCCAGUUCCCAGCUGAUCAUGAACGGGACCACUUCUUUUGAAAACGGGCAUCCAUCGCAACCUGGUCCGCCACAGCUGACAAGGGCAUCUGCAGAUGUCCUUUCAAAAUGCAAGAAGGCCUUAUCUGAGCACAACGUCUUGGUUGUAGAAGGCGCACGCAAGUAUGCCUGCAAGAUCUGCUGCAAGACAUUUUUGACCUUGACAGACUGCAAGAAACACAUCCGUGUCCACACGGGAGAAAAGCCUUACGCCUGCCUGAAGUGUGGCAAGCGGUUCAGCCAGUCCAGCCACCUGUAUAAACACUCCAAGACAACCUGCCUGAGGUGGCAGAGCAGCAAUCUGCCUAGCACUUUGCUUUAACCUUCUCCAGCCGGGGCCUGAAGGAGAAUGCCAGUGCAGAUGUCUAGCUCCCUGAAGCACCACAGGAACAUGAACACUAUUUUCUUCAAGGCUGCAGGCUCAGAGGCUGCUCUUGUUGGUCAGCGAACACUUACGUGUGAUGGUGCCACACACACAAAAGUCUUGGUUCUGUCAAUUGGGGAUAUUACUGUACCUACCUCACAGGGGUGUUGUGAGGCUUAAACAGCUGUAAGCGAAGUUGGAGAUCCUCAGAAGUCGCACUGUAGCUGUGUGAAGUGUUACUAUGAUGUACGUUCAGGCCUUGGGCUGACGGGGAUACAAUCCCUAAAACUAAGCAGUUCCUUUGCAGGGCAGAGGGGUGAGAGCGUAGUUAGCUCAUGAAGUAGCACGUUUCAAAAAUGGGAAACUGAAGUGCAAAUUUCCUCUUUUUUUUUUUCUAAAGUAUUUUGUAAAAGUGAAAGCAUUUAAAUAAAUGACCUGUAAAACAAGUUGCUGCAUUAUGUAUGGACAGUAAUGCAAGAGCUGUUUACUGUAACUAACACAGACUGCAUAUCUUUGAAAGAGAAAAACAACUUUGGGUGCACCUGUCUGACAUAAUAGUUUAAAACAUGCUAAUUAUAAAAAUAGUUUUAGGGUUAUGAAUGUAUGUUUGGCUGUUUUGUAGUAAAGGACACUGUGUGAUGAAGGUGCUUAAAUUAAAUCCAAGACAAGUAACUUUUGGACUGCCAGAUGUAUAUAUACUUUGAAUACAGCAAGAUCUGGAUGUUUGACUGAUUUUUUUUCUGUAGAAACUUGUAUUAAGUGAUAAGUGAAGUACUGUUUCUUGUUCGUGCUAUUCUUAGCAGUAUUUUAACCAAUUUGUAUCUCCUACGUUGAAAUUCUAUAUACACAGAAGUCUGAAAAGAGCUUGUCUUUGUCUGCUUUGGUUUUUUGAAAGAGAGAGAGAAUUUGUGAUGGCUUUUUUUACUGCAUAAGGUAGUCUCUUGCUGUUUCCAGAUGCUGAUAGUCAAUCUGAUCCCCAUUGUUGCAUAAGCAUAUUGUCCUUUUCUGACACUCUUAUCUUCAGUCUUUAAUUUCCUCCUCUGUACACUUACUUAAUUUCCUUCACAACUAUGGAUUGUUCCUCAGAUCAAACCAGCCAGGAGUGAUCCUCAUUUGCCAUAUUUAUUUAUGUCUCUCUAUAAAAUGUAGUUGUCAAAUCCAGUCCUUCCACUUAAAGUAGUGUCAUAAAUGUACUUCUCCACAUAAAUUUAAAAAAAUCUAGCAUAAAUUUAAUUUUUAAAAAUAGCACUGUACACUUUGUGUAGCAGAAAGUCAGUGAUCGUUAUUCUUGAAGUGAAUCAUGUAAAUCUUGUUUUAAUUUCCUUUUCUUUGAUACCAUUGUAACUAAGACUGUCUGCAGUCUCUUUUUCUUUGUUAAAGAUGCACAUGAACUAACUACUGGUGUUCAGCAUAUUAGGUUUCUAAAUAAAAUUUUGGAGCACUUCUAAUAAAUGUUGCUCUGCCAUGUAGGAACUGGGUCAGAGCUACAGCAUGUCCAUUCUGCUCGGGAGAGACAGAGGAUUUGCAUUUCCUGCUGAGUCACAGAGCAACAGUUUUCCGUUAAUAUAAAAAAAAUUUGCAAACCUUCCCCUCUUAUUUUAUUCUGUAUAGCAAAUGUAUCCUAUGUGAUGAUAUUCAGAAGUUUUAACAGAGUUUGUGCUACCGAAUAGUUAGCCUUCUUAAACAUCUUGGACUUAUAUUCUGAUAAACUGAAAAUUAAAAUACUAAUCCACAGAUCUGUAGGUCAUUUAGCAGGAUGAACUAUCAAAACUGUUGAAGCACAGAAACCAAACAGUCAUUGUCAGACCAAAGGAAACAUGGAGAUCUUUCUGUACUUUGCUUUAUGUGAAACAGUAGUCCGCUAAUGAAGAAACAUGUCUUC